GUCUGCGGACGCUGUAUCUCCUCUUCCACUUCCCGCUGCAGCCAAUAAAGGCCGUUCCUACCAUAGUCAGUCUGUGUCCGCGUUCCUUUUUCCGAGACUGAAGAGUUCGGGGAAGCUGUAUGCCGCCUUUCGCUACGCGGAAUUUGCAGAUCUUCCCCUGGACCUCGGGCCUCUGGAUGGAGUAGGGUGGACGCUUCACACAAGGUUCUCUGGUCGAACUUAACGAACCUCCAGAUGGCUGCGCUGCGUCGAAUGUUCCACUUGCCGAGCCUGAUGAUGGGGAUGUGCCGCCCCUUUCCGGACUCACUGGCUGGUAGCUGCCUGGCGGACCGCUGUCUCUGGGAUCGGCUGCAUGCCCAGCCCCGUUUGGGCACUGUCCCCACCUUCGACUGGUUCUUUGGAUAUGAGGAAGUCCAGGGGCUCCUACUACCGUUGCUGCAGGAGGCACGGGCUGCCAGUCCUCUGCGGGUGCUGGAUGUGGGCUGUGGGACCUCCAGCCUAUGUACAGGCCUCUACACCAAAUCUCCACACCCAGUGGAUGUGUUAGGGGUGGACUUUUCUCCUGUGGCUGUGGCCUACAUGAACAGCCUCCUGGAGUGUGGCCAAGGCCAAACACCUCUAUGCCCUGGGCACCCUUCCUCCAGCCUCCACUUCAUGCACGCCGAUGCCCAGAACCUGGGGUCUGUGGCUUCUUCAGGCUCUUUCCAACUACUGCUGGACAAGGGCACCUGGGAUGCUGUUGCCAGGGGAGGUCUGCCUAGGGCUUACCAACUGCUAUCAGAAUGCUUGCGGGUUCUAAACCCUCAGGGGACCCUAAUUCAGUUCUCGGAUGAGGACCCUGAUGUGCGACUGCCCUGCCUGGAACAAGGGUCCCGUGGCUGGGCUGUGACUGUGCAGGAGCUAGGCCCUUUCAGGGGCAUCACCUACUUUGCUUACUUGAUUCAAGGCUGUCAUUAAAGACAUUUUAGUAGUCCUAA